CCUCAUUCAUUGAUAUGUCGGAUGAAAGGUCUAGCCUUGGCUUUAAAGUUUGUAACAAAUUGCCUUUUCCAUAGAGCGAGAAAGAAAGGCGGAGCGUGUAUGCAUACAAAGUUGUCGCGUGUCCUGGCUCUUUAGAUAACUAUCAGAGGGAAAACUUGAGCCGAAGAGAGCUGAAGGAAACCUGAUAAGCGUACCCGGUAGUUUCAGUUUUUUUUUUCCGUUUUAGUCGGUGUUAGUACGCGCACCGUUUGGGCUGCUGAGUAUAGGUCAUUGCCAGCGGGCGAAAAGGCCAGUGAUAUCGAAUUUGAGACAUCAAUCGCGUCGUAUUUUACUACGUGCUCUUGCUCCUUCCUUCUUCCUGGUGACAAAAGUAUGGUCGCGACUAGGAACAGGGGGCAGUUGUGCAGUCCUGGCGGAUCAGUGGUGGAGAACUUGGCGGAGAUCGUUGUCUGGCCGUAUAAAAGCAAAGACCUUGAGAACGCGCCCUCAAGUGUGCCCCCUUCGAACAGUCGACAAUGAAGCCGCUGAUCUGUGCAGCUGUGGUUUGCGCAUUAUUCGGCACAGUCUUUACUGGAGGAUUCGGGCCAGGUUGCGGCUACGGGCCAGGGUUCGGCGUAGGGUACGGUGGUUUUGGGUUUGGUCCCGGAGGUGGCAAUGCACUGGGAUUCGGAGGAGGCUACGGAGGAGGCUACGGGGAAGGUUAUGGAGGCGGUUAUGGAGGAGGUUUCGGAGGAGGCUUUGGGGGAGGCUUCGGAGGAGGCUUCGGAGGAGGCUGCGGUGGAGGCUUUGGGCCAGUAGUCGCCAGUGGACUUUUGGGAGGUUUUGGAGGUGGCUUUGGAGGUGGCUUUGGCGGUGGGCUUGGAUUUCCUGUGGGAGAAACAUACUUUGGGGGACCCGGCACGUUCGGCUACGUGAAGACUCUGACCGGUCCGGCAUAUCUUGUACGAAAAGAAAAUAAAGUGAAGAAGAUCCAUCCAGGCAUCCCAAUUGCCGCUCACACAGGAAUCGGUUCUGGACCUGGUUUGCUGAAAGUAUGACCGCUGGAGGGUAUUCACCGACAGCAAGGAAAAAAAUGAUGGGUUCCUCUGCACACCUGUUUUCUGGCGCUGACUGGUUCUGAAUGUUUACCUGGGACCGCUGCGGCAAAUAGUGAAACAAAUUGUGACGCUGUGAUUAUUUAUUAGUUGUUUGCAAUAAAGAUAUUUUGUCGGUACUGA